UUAAAUUUAGUCAGACAGUGAAGUAAAUACAAUUUCUUUCACAAAUUUAAUAGAAUAUAAACAUUAAACACUAUAUAGUUAUAUAACUAUUUCAAUUUUGUACUGAGGAACUCACUUCCACAAAAUAUUUCACUCGUAAUACCAUAACAUGAGUCAAACAACUACUGCCGGACAAAUACCAGAAUGUUUGAGGGACGAUUCUGAAGAUGGUAAAUCCAAACUUAGAAAAUGGUUAAACAUGAACUUCAGAAUUGAAAUGACGGAUGGAAGAGUCCUCAUCGGAGUUUUUCUCUGUACAGAUCGGGAUGCCAAUGUAAUUUUAGGGGCAUGUUCAGAGUACCUGAAAGGCAAUGAUGGUGAAACAGAAGAGCCCAGAGUUCUAGGACUAGUCAUGGUGCCCGGCCGACACAUUGUCUCCAUACAAAUCGACGACAUGGCUGCACAGCGCAGAACUGCUCCCAUCAUGAAUGAUUCUAUGUGGUUAUAAUUGUGAGUGUAUUAUUUUAAUUUAUUUUAAUAAGAGAAUAAAAAUUCAAACCUA